AUGUUCAUGCCGAAAACAUUAUUAGCCAGGUCGGCCACUCGCCGACUCGUGCUGUCUUCAGCUGUACAAGAGCUACUGCAGCCAUACAAUCUUACUUCAGAUUCAGUCGUACCGAUUAUCUUCAAGAAGUCUAAAUGGGCUGUCGUCGCCAUGCUUGGAGUGCUUAAAGUAGGCGCUGCCUUUGCAAUGUUGGAUCCAACUUACCCGACAAAACGGCUGGUGGAUAUAUGUCAGGGUGUCGAUGCAAAUGUGAUAGUUUGUUCAGAAGAGCUAUGUGUAGGCGCUCCGGGAAGCACCCUUGUAAUCGGGGACGAUAACAUGAAAAGGGUAGCAUAUUCUGCGGCACAGCCAGUGAAGACGACUUCGCAUGAUGCGGCAUAUGUGGUGUACACAUCAGGCUCUACAGGUGCGCCGAAGGGCAUCAUCAUAGAGCAUGGCUCCUUUUGUACCAACAGCAUUGCUAGUAGCCAGGCUCAGAACCUUGAUCGAUCAUCUCGAGUUUUGCAGUUUGCGUCAUAUGCGUUCGAUGUCAGUGUCCACGAGUGUUUGACUCCAUUACUUCUUGGUGGAUGUGUCUGUAUUCCAUCCGAGUCACAACGUGUCAAUAGCUUGAAACAAGCUAUCAGAAGCCUAAGAGUUAAUUGGAUGGAGCUAACACCAUCGGUGGCUAGGCUCUACCAGCCGGAAGAUAUUCCAACGGUCAAAACCCUUGUGAUGGGUGGUGAGCCUAUGCUGCCCACUGAUAUCUCCCGAUGGAAGGGCAAGGUUCGGCUAGUAUGCGCGUACGGACCGGCAGAGUGCACUAUUGUGUCAACCGUGCAGCCAUGCGUUCAAGACUUGGGAAAUAUUGGGCUUUCGCCGGGUGGCACCUGCUGGAUCGCAUCAAAAGACAACCACCACCGGCUCAUGCCAGUUGGUUGUAUCGGAGAGCUCAUCAUAGGCGGCCCAAUUGUAGGGCGAGGGUAUUUGAAACAACCAAGUCUGACAGCAAAUGCGUUCCUCACAAACCCAGAGUGGGCGUCAUUGUUCCAUCUUAAUGAGACUCACCGAUUCUACAAGACUGGUGACCUAGUCAGAUAUAACUUCGAUGGAACAAUCGCUUACAUUGGACGGAAGGAUACCCAAGUCAAGUUGAACGGACAAAGGGUUGAGCUCGGCGAAGUUGAACAUCAGGCAAGACAAUACUUCUGUGAUGCUGUGAUUGCUGCUGAAGUUGCUGCUCCAGCAGGACGUAAGCCUACAUUGAUUCUCUUUAUUGCUCCAAGGCAAGAAGACUCCGUUCGUAUGGAUCGCACAAUGCUUUUACGCCCGCCAAGCGCUGUAAUUCGGAGACAGGCCCAAGCAGCCAAGGCUCAUUUACAAAAGGUCCUCCCAAGGCAUAUGAUACCCACAGCGUACAUCGCACUACUAGCUAUCCCUAUUUCACGGACAGGGAAGGUCGACCGGAAGAUUCUGCGGGAAGCUAUCAAGUGUGUAUCGGAGAACGAUUUUAGAGCUUACUAUUUAACACCGUACAAUGAUAUGAGUAACUCACCAAGUACUCCCACCCGAGAUCAACUACGGCGCCUAUUUUCAGCGGCACUCGGCCUUCCAGAGGGCAAAAUCGGACCCAAUGAUAGUUUCCUCCAGCUGGGCGGCGACUCAGUCAGCGCUAUCAGACUUGUCGGGGAUGCCCGAGACCAGGGACUGCAGAUGACGGUAGAAUCCUUGUUUAGACACCAAACUAUUUCUAAAUUGGAAGAUUGCACUCACCAGGCUUCAGGGAGCGUUGAUCCAUUUAUCCCAGCCUUUUCAUUGCUUGAUUCAUUAAGCAAAGCCAUAUACAUUGCUCAGGCAAGUGAGCAAUGCUCCGUGUUUCCGGAACAGAUUGAGGAUAUCUACCCGUGUACGCCUUUACAGGAAGCCUUAAUGGCGUACACCUCGAAAAUACCGGGAGCAUUUCAGGCCCAAUUUCGCUUUCAUCUUCCCCAGAAACUUGAUUUGCUUCGUCUAAAGGAAGCAUGGAGGAUAGUGAUUGGCGCCAACCCAAUCUUGCGAACUCGCAUUAUUCACUCUGAUAUUGGGGCUCUUCAAGUAGUCAUGCACCUUGAGGAGCUUUUGCAGUGGGACUUGAUCUGCGAUAAAAAUAAGUCUCCUAGGCCUUCGAUGUCUUAUGGUACACCGCUUCUUAAUCUAGCAGUUGCGAAUGAUACAGAAGGGAAAUUGCGCCGGAUAUUUUGUCUCACAAUGCACCACGCUAUAUUCGAUGGAUGGUCGUAUGCUUUGAUUCUUGGCGCCGUUGAGGGUGCAUAUAAACACAUGAAUGCAGUUCAACGGCCUUUCACCCCGUUCAUCAAGCACAUAUUGAGUUGGAAUCACGAAUCUACUAAGAACUUCUGGUGCUCCGAGUUCAAAGGCAUGCAAGCAGUGCCAUUCCCUUCUGCGCCCUUAACCCUCGCACAUUUGGCCAAUUCUAUCACCACAACGCAUCGCCAUAUUCACGUAGCCGAGUGGCUAGGUGGCUGUUACACGCCAUCAACAAUUAUUCAGCUUGCAUUUGCCAUGCUAAUUGCCUGGCGUACUGGGUCUAUGGAUGUUGUAUUCGGCCUGACCGUUGCCGGGCGCAAUGCUCCAGUAGCCGGAGUGCAUAAAACGACUGGUCCGACUAUUGCUGCAUUCCCUCUUCGUACAAUACUUCAUGGGAGGCUAAAUGUCGCUGAUUCCCUAGUACUCAUGCAAAAUCACAUUACAAGGCUCAUCCCUUUUGAGCAGACAGGGUUACGACGGAUAAAGUCACUGGGUUCUGAGGCAGCCAGCGCCUGUCAAUUCCAAAGUCUGUUGGUGAUACAGUCUGCCACAAAUCGACAGCCACCAAAAAUACUUAUAGACUGCCCUACCAAUGAGUACGAGCAGGUGAAGUUCAGCACAUGUCCGUUAACUCUAGUGUGUGAACCUGGGGCGCAGAAGCUGUCAAUGAAGGCCGUGUUUAACAAUGCAGUCGUCAUUACUGAUGAUAUGGAGAGGAUGUUGGACCAAUUGGAGUAUCUUGUGGACACGAUGACCAAAUUUCCAUCCUUGAAAAUCCAGAACAUCAUCCCACCUCCCUCUAACAUCUACACUAAUACUCUUUGCCAAAGCCAGUCAUGGAAUUCGUACAUUGAGAAGAAGGCUUAUGAGUAUUUCAGUGGAAAGGCAGCUGUCGUUGUUGACGCCAUAGUACCGAAAGGAGAUUUUAAUCGGAUCACUGUUAUGUUCAUCUGCGAACCUAAACGGACGUGUGAGACGACAGGAAUAUUGGGCCUAUUUAUACGACCUACAGACCAAUUCAGGCGGCAGCUUCAACAAUUGAUUUGUAGCCUACGACAAUUGCUCCCCUGGUUUGUGGUUCCAUCACUAUGCCUUCCAAUCAGCUUUAUACCGUUAACCCCAUCUGGACAACCGGAUAGAGCCCAUUUAUGUGAGGUAGCUUCAUCUGCGGACGUUUACAUCUUACGCUCUUUAAUGGAUCCUGACAAAGAGCAAAUUGGUUAUCAUAUAUUGCCGGGAGAGGAACGUCUUCGAACCAUUGUUGCUCGUGUUCUUGGUAUGGACCCACAGAAUAUAAGUCCUGGGGAUGACUUCUUUACUCUUGGUGGGGAUUCAAUAUCUGCAAUGCAGGUUGUUUCCCUUUGCAGAAAGCACUACCUGUCACUGACAGCAUCGGAUAUAUUUGACGGGAAGACUGUCAAACUCAUAGCAUCAAAAUCGAAGCCCCUCACCUUGUUCACCCCUCCAUCGACUCCUGGAAGUGACCGCAGUUUGGAGACGCGUUUCUCCCUUCUUUCCUUGGGGUCUGAUCAUGACCUGGAAGGACUUGAAUCCGCAGUUAUGGCUAUAUAUGGCAUCCAAAGCAUGGAUUGUAUUGAGGAUGCGUAUCCCUGCAGUGAAGCACAUCAGGGGCUACUGCAAACGCAAAUGCUGCAGCCAUUUGAUUAUCAGUCCUAUACCAUAUGGGAGGUCACCACUGGUAGCAAGGCCUCUGCUGUGUGCCCCAUUAGACUGCGCAACGCUUGGUUUAACCUUGCGCGUCGUCACCCUGCGUUACGGACACAUCUCAUAAAGAGCCCAUUGUGUGACGGUAUCCACUCGAAGAUACAUGUUGUGCAUAAAGAGUAUUCUAGGGGUGUCCCCAUAAUUUCUUGUGCAGAUGAACUUGUUUUUGCAGAGUUGAGGAAGUCGUUCCUGCAGACUAGCGCGAGCAUAUGUUAUCCGCAUGCAUUUACGAUUUGUCAGACGCUCUCUGGUCGCGUGUUCUGCAAGCUGGAGGGCGGGCAUGCAUUUCUUGAUGCUACUUCCGUCUUGAUCAUUCUUCAUGAGCUAUCGCAGGCGUACGAUGAACAGUUAUCCCCUGAUCCUGGGUCACUAUAUAGCACUGCGGUAGCUUGGCUUCAAAGUUUGUCAAAUGCUGGUGAUCGCAUGGACUACUGGAGAAGGCAAUUAGAAGGUGCUAGUCAUUCUAUCUUUCCAAGGCUGAAUGAUCAAAGUUCACCUAGCAAAGCCCUCGUUGUUACUGGGCAUCUCGCUAGCAUUGCUACAUUGAUACCAUUCUGCACUAUACAUGGACUCACUGUGGGUAAUGUGCUACAGGUUGCCUGGGGGUUAGUACUGCGGCAGUAUACUGAAUCCGAUGACGUCUGCUUCGGUUCCCUCAUAUCCGGGAGAGAUUCUCGAAUUCCCGAGGUCGAUAAGAUUGUAGGACCCUUCUUUAAUGUUUUACAUUGCUCCCUCAUUGAGGUACUACGUUUCUCAAAAUACUUCGGCCAACCUUUGUUCAAUACUUGCAUCUCAGUUGAGCAGCCGUUGUCUAUGGGUAGCUCUGAUUCGAGUCUAUGUUUCAAGGACUUAGAAACACUAGAGCCGACAGAGUAUGGUCUUAUAGCUACCGUUACGAUUGGACCAACAGAAGUUGUGUUAGGGCUCACCUACAAAUCUGACUUACUCACAGAAGACCAAGCAUUGGACGUGGCCAACCGAUUUAGGAUGUCCAUCAUGGACAUUGUGGGAUCUUUGGACAAAUGAAUGAAUCUUGGUUGGUAGAUCCUGAAGUGUAAAUCCACAUAUAAUCUAGUUAAUAUUAAUUUACCCACUACACUGAUCAAGACUCUGCCAGUUUUGCCUCUUAGGCGGAAGGUACUAGAGAG